AUGCAGAUUCGCCGACGAUUGCAGACGCCUAUGCGGCCUCGUAGCCGACGCGUUCCAUCUGUAUGCAACCUCCAGGUUGCUGUUAUGCCUUACCCAUCUUCACAUCUACGUUUGCCAUUGCUGCGUGAGGCGUCGACGUGGUCGCUGGCGGCUGGUGGACUUCAGAAGAAGUGGAAAGGUCUGAAGCAGCGCACAGCUUGGCGCUACAAAACGCUCAAGGAUGACGACACGGCCAUCGUCUUCUGCGAUGAACAGGAGAAGGAGGUGCACCUGAAGCCCCGCAAUCGACGGCUGGACGACCCGUUGGCCUGUCACAAUGUGCUGGCUGCAGCUUCCACGGCCAGUCUCAAUGGCAUUUUGGGCGCUACGUCGCCCGAAGUCUCGAGCCAAUUCUGCAGGACAAUGGUUGGCUUCAUGUUGCAUUCAUGCUCGCCGUCCGAGCGGGCGAAAGUCUUGGACGUCCUCACGAAGCAGCGGCUGGAGGAGAUCACGAUUGCCAAUCGAGCAUUAGUCAUUCGAGGUAUUCAGCAUUGCUUAAUGUCACCAUUGAUUCGUGGUAAGGCGGUGCUGCACACUGCAGCGAAGAAUGUGGUCUGCGGUACAUACGAACUCGAGUUAUCCGUUCUAAAGGAGCAGAUCCAUUCAGACGAAGAGGCCUUUAUUGAUACCGCGGGGCAUUUUCAGUUCGAAGAUGGCGGAGAACUGGAAAGGCACCAAAAAGUACACACUCAAGAAGAGCCGCCACACAAUGGAGACCUCAUUCAGCUCAUUUACGGCAACAAGAACAUCACUGAAGUCAUUGCAAUGAUGCAGCAUAUUGCAGUGGAGAGCGUCAAGGUGAAAGAGCAGCAGCCCAAUCUGGUAAAGGUAGUGAGCGAUAUCGACGACACGCUCUUUCCUGGGUGGAUCGACAAGCGCUACCCGCUUCACAUCCCGUACCCUGGCGUCUCAGCUCUCUACGCUCGCCUCUCUCGUGGACUUGCUCAAGCUGCAAAUGGCGAAAAUGUGCGUCCGUCGAUCACCUUCCUCACAGCAAGACCUCGUGGGUGGCUGAGUGUUGGGCGCUACUUGACACUGCAACACUUGAAAAGCUUGGGUGUACCGAACGUCACAGUGCUAAAUGGAUCGGUGAAAGGUCUCGUGAGCAACGAGAAGAUUGCCAAUCUCAAGUUGGACAACUUCUCUCGCUUUGCAGCGCUGUUCCCAGAGUUCAAGUUCGUCUUCUUCGGUGACUCGGGUCAAGGCGAUGCUCUUCUGGCUUCACGACUACUGAAAAGCUGUCCAGAACAGGUGCUUGCAACGUUCAUUCACAACGUGAAUCCGAUCUUCGCUCGGACGGGAGACGGCGGGCGAAAGAGAGCCUAUGCAGCCGAAGGCGUAGAGUUCUUCGGGACGUACGCAGGAGCUGCGUUGGGUGCUCACAAGAAAGGGUUGAUCUCAGCUGAGGACGUACUGGCGGUCGCGGAUGCUUCGGAAAAGGAACUGGAAGAGAUCCUUUUCCUUGGACCCGAAGCUACUAUUAUGAAGAGUGAGCGACGCAAUGAACUACAGCAAGACCUUGACCUCAUCGACAUGUGCUUGCAUGCCAAGAGGCAUGAGCUGGGAUGA